AUGGCGGUGAUCGAUUUCGCGCGCUCUGGAAAAGGUUGGCACCUGGUGAGGGACGUCACGGCGCGGGACGUCGCGGAGACGGCGCUGGCGCGGGGAUUCGUCCGGCCCGGGAUCGACGACGCGAAGCCGCUCACGCGAAGGGCGGAUAUGGAUGGAUUCUUUCGAAUGUUCUCGGUGAACUCGCUGUCGAACUUUAAGCGGGUGUUCGCGUUUAAUGAAUUGAAAGCGCCGAGCGUCGGCGGCGAGGUGUUCGUCGAGGAGCGACGACGAGAGACGGAGGAGGAGGUCACGUGGGAGUGUCCAGCGGUGGAAGAGUACGAAACGCUGGCGAAAAAUUGGGAUAAGGAACACGUGCAUAAGUGGCGCAUGCUGCCGAAGCCGGGAGGGGCGGUGUGUCGUCCGGAUGAUUGGUACGCGCUGUACGCGGCGAAGCAGCAGGCGGAGAAGGGCGACUGCGUCGGCGAAAAGCCCAUGUGGGCGUCGCACGGUGGCAUCGCCUACGACGAUCGCGAGCGAUGGGAUUUUUGGAACAAGCUCAAAGGGUUGUCUCGCGAGGACGCGAAGAAGAAGUUUUGCGAGGCGUACGGACGCGCCAUGCUGGCGGAGAGAGAGAGUCUCAAUUUCAGAAAGUAUUAA